UCCAGAAAACACCUUUUCACCCCCAGUACCUGCAUGUACAAAUUCGACUAGAACCCCCCACAUGUAGUCAGGCUCAUGGUAAAUUAGGAGUUAAAUUACUGCUGUAAAGCAUUUUUAUCUCUGUGUUGGGCAGAGGCUAAGACUGAGUCAUGUGUGCAUAUUUGGAUAUGUCACACCCUCUUGCUGUAGUAGACAAAGAACAAACUAGUUCCUUACCAUAAACCUCAUGCAUACAGGAUGCCUCUAGGAAGACAGAUCAAUCAUUCCUUAGUUCCUUACAGAGGGGAAAAAAAUCACCCCCCAAAUGCCCUUUGAGAUGAACUAGAAACUGUGUUGUUACUUGGCUAGCUGGGUUUCACGUACUACAAUGAAGAUACUCCUUUUCACUGGACUGCUCUGUCUUACUUCCAGUCUUUUUGUAACAGCUUCAGAAUUUUCACUGAAUGGCUCUGCAAUUAAAACAGUGUCUCUUAUCAAGACUUUCCGUGGCAUUUCAGCAAGAGACUAUGAUUACAUCCCCCCUUAUGCUAUAGAAGGAGAGACAACAACCAUUCAUAUCAGAGAACAUAAAUGCUCUUCAAAAAAGUCAAAUGACUCCUCUUUAACAGAAGUGAACAACACCACGCUGGAGUACCUGACCAGCUCUCUGAGCACAAAGCUAAUACCUGCUGUCUACUUCAGUGCUGUUUUAUUGGGUGUACCAUCUAAUGCCAUCACCUUGUGGAUGCUGAUCUUCAGGAUCCGGUCAGUGUGCACCGCCAUCCUCUACACAAACCUGGCAGUCUCAGAUCUGCUCUUCUGCAUCAUGCUGCCCUUCAAAAUCGCAUACCACAUUAAUGGGAACAACUGGAUUUUUGGGGAAAUGAUGUGCCGAACUACCACUGUGGUGUUUUAUGGCAACAUGUACUGCUCCAUUCUGCUGCUCACGUGCAUCAGUGUCAGCCGCUACGUGGCCAUUGUUCACCCCUUCACCUAUAAGAGCCUUCCCAAACGCACCUAUACCAUCACCGUCUGCGCUGCCGUCUGGACCAUCGUCUUCUUGUACAUGCUCCCACUUUGCAUAAUGCAGCAAAGCUACUACGUGAAACAACUGGGCAUUUACACCUGCCACGAUGUACACAAUGCCUGUGAAACCGUAUCUUCCUUCCAGUUCUACUACUAUGUUUCUUUAUCUAUCUUUGGGUUUCUAAUACCUCUCGCAACUAUAGUUUUCUGCUAUGUCUCCAUUAUAAGAACUCUCAAGACUCAUGAAUGGCUCUGGUAUGUUAAAAUCAGUCUUCUGAUCCUUACCAUCUUCGCUAUUUGCUUUGUGCCAAGCAAUGUUAUCCUUAUUAUGCAUCACAUUAGCUCUUACUAUUACAACAUAGACGGGUUGUAUUCUUUAUAUCUAAUUGCUUUAUCCCUUAGCAGCUUAAACAGCUGUCUCGAUCCUUUCCUUUAUUUUCUGAUGUCAAAAAUUAGAAGUCAAUCCAACAUUUAUCUAACAAUGGUUAAAAUAUCCAGAGAAAAAUAAAUUUAAUUCUGUAUUUGUAUUAUUAGAAUUAUGAUUUUGCAUUGUGUUAUCUCCAGGCAGCAAGAAGCCUCAGGUACAAUAAUUAACUCAAAAUUGAAAAAUGUUUUUUUAACAUAAUAGUAAAGUUUGCUUCUUCAAUACACCACAGGAGGAACAUCUUCAUAAACACACUUCUCAAGCUCUGUAAUUUUAUCAUGCAUUUUGCAACACCUGGUGUACCUAGAUUCAGGGAAGUAUCUCCACACCUCCAUUUCCUUCUGAGAUCAUCACUUUCAUGACCACAGAGAAGAAAUCAGUAUAUCAGUCACCACAACCUCUGAACACCAGACAAAGAAUAAACAGCUGAACCUCACUUUUAAACCCAGCCAUGAUUCCCAAAUAUUCCAAAGUAGUUUUCAGCCCACAAUCACUGCAGGCACAGUGAUGUGAAAGUAAGUUUUUGGCCAGUGGAAAUGGAAACAAGCAAAAGCACUUUCUCUACACUCAUGAGCUGCUGAGGUUUGCAGAAGUCUCUGUCACCUAACCAAGAGCAAAUACAGCUCUGGAUGUUGAAUAUGAAGACCCAGAGUCUCUACAGAUUGAAGGAAAAGUAAACCUUGAGCUGUAGACACAGAGCCAGACACUUCCAAGGGAGCAUCUCCUAUGAGGCUGCUUAACCAGCUCUGCACUGGAGUCAUGUUCUUCCACUUUGUCAGCGCCUGCACUCCUCUAUCCCAUGAGGAUUGCUGGGAGCUAACUCUUAUCAGUGUGAAUCCAGGCGUGUAUUAUUCUUGCUUGGUAAGCAAAACAGGGAAGCUAUUUGUACUGUUCUCUAUUUCCACAUCCUAACAGGAAAUACCUACACAGUUACAAAUACUGAGGCUAGUUUUGAUUGAUUGUCCAUGUUAUUAAAGGGUCAGCUUUUAUGUUUACAGAGACUCAAAAAUUACAUAUAUACAACAUAUAAGUGUCUACAAAACAAGCUAAGGGGUUGGAAUUUUAUUUGUAACUGCAACUUGUAAUAAUGAGAAAAAUGUGUU